AUGGCAACUACUAAGAAGACAGAAACAAAAGCCGCCAAACGUCCGGCGUCUGCAAAGAGGAAACCCACCAAGGCUGCGCCAAAGGCGAAACUGACAAGUACUCCUGAUUUGAAUAGAACACCACAGAGAGGAGACAAAGACAAUGAGGAAGAUACCACAGAUGGUGUUCAUUUAAACGAAGGCCUCGAUGUGAGUCCGGUGAAGAAAAGCGCCAUUGGGGACUAUCAUGAUAAUGUGAUGGAUACCCCGAGGGAUAAAAACAGGUAUAAAUAUCGUGUUGAGAUUCAGCAGAUGAUGUUUGUUUCUGGAGAGACUAAUGAUCCCAAUGAGCGAACGACUGAUUUGAUUGAAGACAUUGUACGUGACCAGGUUGUUUCGUUGAUGCUGCAGGCCCAGAAGACAGCUUCCUCGAGAGGCCAGAGGUCAAUACUACCCGAAGAUUUGAUUUUUUUAAUCCGACAUGACAAGGCUAAAGUGAACAGGCUCCGGACGUACUUAUCAUGGAAAGAUGUCCGUAAAAAUGCCAAGGAUCAAGAGACUGGAGAUGUUGGUGCCGGUGGAACUGACUUGUUAGAUGAAGGUGUUGGAAGCAUGGAUAAUAAGAUAAUGGCGUCCAAACAAAACAAAACAUUGAAGUUGCCAUGGGAGUUGGAAUUCAUGUUUACCGAGCAGCCUUUGAGUCUUAAUAAUGGUGAAGACGAUGUAAUAGAUGAAGAAGGUCGAGAAGCUGUUUUGGCUCAAAUCAAAAGAUUGAAGCAAAACGAUGAAAGAACACGGGACAUGACCCAGGAAGAGUAUGUUCACUGGUCUGAAUGUAGGCAGGCUAGUUUUACAUUCAGGAAAUCCAAAAGAUUUAGAGAAUGGUGUGGACUAUCACAGAUUACGGAAAGUCGACCAAAUGAUGAUGUCAUAGACAUUCUAGGAUUUCUUACGUUUGAGAUGGUGUGCUCUAUAACAGAAGAGGCCUUGAAAGUCAAGACGUCAAUGGAUAGGAUAUUUGGGGACCAUGAUCGUCAUAAGUAUCUAUUUAUGGAACCUAGUAACGAUGACAAACCCAUUAAUGAAGACCAUGUUCGAGAAGCUUGGAGAAGACUACAAACCGUACCUCAUGCAAAAAGAUCUCUAUACAACUUCCACGGUGGGCGAAUGCUACGUAAUGUCAGAUUAAUUUAG